AUGGCUCGGAAAGCGACGAACGCGGCGUCGCGACGGCCGUCGAGGAGUGCGAAAGAGACGGAGGAUGAGGCCUCGGACGAUUGGCGAAGAUCGAGCGAGGUCGGGGGGCUGGCGGUGGUCGCGCUGGCGCCGGCGGCGCUUUGGUUCGCGGCGAGAGGCGGGGCGGACAACGUAGGCGGCGCGACGUCGACGCUCGUGUGCGUCGUGAUCUCGAUCUUGGCGUAUUGGAUGACGAUGCGAUUGAUUCCCUUCGUCGCGGCGAAGACGCUGUCGAGGAAUAUGUUUGGGAAGGAUUUGAAUAAGCGCGGGACGAGGCGCGGGGAGACGCGGGUGCCGGAGAGCGCCGGGUUGGCGUGCGGAGGCGCGUACGCCAUGGCGUUGACGAUGCAGCAGUUGUGCCAGCGCCUCGUUCGGGUGGCGUUCGGGCAGAGCGCUGGGAGCGCGGAGUCGUGGGCGGUGGAGUCGAACAGCGCGCUGGCGUGCGUGGGAUAUAUGGUGUUCUUGGGAUUCGUGGAUGACGUGUUGGAUCUCCCGUGGCGAGCAAAAAUCGUGAGUCCGGGAUUCGCCGCGCUGCCGCUCCUGCUGUCCUACGGCGGCGCGACGACGGUGUUGGUCCCGUCGCCCGUGCGAGCGAUGUUCAACUUCCCCGCGGACGUGCGAUCGAUCGAUAUCGGGGCGCUGUACAUGGUGUACAUGUGGCUCCUCGUGGUGUUUUGCUCCAACUCGAUAAACAUUCACGCCGGAUUAAACGGUCUAGAGGCGGGGCAAUCGCUCAUCAUCGCUGGCGCCGUCUUGCUACUGAAUGUGAUGGCGCUCACGAGCGAUCCCUCUGACGAACCAAUCACCGCGGGGGCGCACCUGUUCAGCAUCUCUCUCGUACUCCCGUUCAUCGCGACGACGCUCGCGUUGCUGACGCACAACUGGUAUCCGUCGAAAGUCUUCGUCGGCGAUACGUACACGUAUUUCGCCGGCAUGACGCUCGGCGUCGCGGGCACACUCGGUCACUUCAGCGAAACGUUGCUGCUGUUCUUCUUUCCGCAAGUGCUCAACUUUUUGUACAGCACACCGCAACUCUUCAAGUUCGUGCACUGUCCGAGGCACCGUCUCCCGAUCUUUGACCCGAAGACGGGUUUGCUCCAUCCCUCGAAGGCGACUGAAACGAGGUAUAACAUGAACUUAGUCAAUUUGUUCCUCCGACUUUUCGGUCCAUGCACCGAGCGCGCGCUGUGUGUGCGAUUAUUGGUGUUCCAGGCGUCGUCGUGCGCAGCGGCGUUCGUCGCGCGACACGUCUUGACAGGCGUGUGGAAAUAG